AUGAGUGGAAUGAUGAAAUCUUUGUAUAUUGAGGACAAUGUCUCAAUCAAUUUGAAAGAUAUCCCUAUUCCUCAACCAGCAAACGGUUAAGUAUUGAUUAAGGUUGAGUGUGCUCCCAUCAACCAGUUUGAUAAAGAAUUUCUUAAUGGAUACAAAAUAGGUUAAAAACCAUUAGUAAGUACUGUUCCUGGAUUUGAAGGAUCAGGCACAGUUAUAGCUUCAGGUGGUGGUUUACUAGGGUGGUAAUUAAAAGGAAAUCGUGUAGCAUUUUACACAGAACAUUAAUUUGGAGCUUUUGGUUAGUAUGCAAUAGCAGAUGUCAAUUAUUGUGCUGAAUUGCCUAAACAUAUUUCAUUCUAAGAGGGUUGUUGUAGUUUUAUCAAUCCAAUGAGUGUAUUAAUGAUGUAUCAAUUACUUGGAAAUGGAUCUGGAAUUGUGUCUACUGGUGCAUGCACUAAUCUUGGUAGAAUGUUAAUGAGAUAUUGUUAAUCUAAAGGAAUAAAUGUGAUUAAUAUUGUUAAAUCGUAAGGAGAGGAAAAACAAUUAAAAGAUGAAGGAGCAAAACUUAUUUUAAAUAUUAAUCAAGAGGAUUUCGAAGAAAAACUCAAAUUGAUGGCUUCAUCUUAUAAUACAACAGUUCUAUUUGAUUCAGUUGGAGGUGAUCUAUUAAGUAAAAUUUUGAAUCUUAUGCCCAAUGGUUCAAGAGCUUAUCUGUAUGCUAAUUAUUCAAAAAAAUCACUUGAGGGAAUCUAUUGUGCUAAUUUAAUGUAUUAAAAUAAAAAAAUAUUUGGAUUUUCUUUUGUAGAUAUUUUAUAAGGCAAAAACAUAAUUCAACUAAAGUUGAUGAUGAAUGAAAUUUUAAAUAACAUUUAGGGAUGUUUUAAGACCUUGCCUACACAAAUUUUUUCAUUAGAGGAAUUUGAGAAAGCAUUAGAAUCUAAGGAGAAAGCAAUAUUAAAAAUAUGA